AUGUAUCCUGGUGGUGUCCAAGAAGGAAGAUUGAAUGGUGGUGCUGACCAACGCCAAGUUGGGGGACUAGACGGAGGCGAUGAUGUGGUGGGUGGAGUACUCGAUGGAGGUGGAGAGGAUGAUGGAGAUGGUGAGGAUGUUGGUGGAGGGCUUGAUGGUGGUGAUAAGGUGGUGGGUGGAGAGCUCAAUGGAGGUGGUGGUGAAGUCGGGGGUGGAGGGCUUGAUGGAGGUGAUGAGGUGGUGGGAGGAGGGCUUGAUGGUUUUGUUGGUGGUUGUGACUGGUUAUAUGAUGGAGCUAUUGUUGGGGGAUUAGAUGAAGGUGGCGAGGAGGGAGGACUCCACGUAGGUGGUGAGGCGGUGGAUGGGGUUUUUGAUGGAGAUGGCGGUGGUGGUUGGUUGUAUGAUGGAGUUACUGUUGGGGGACUAGACAAAGGCGGUGAUCUGGUUGGUGGAGAGCUAGAUGGAGGUGGUGACGAUGAUUGGUUAUAUGUUGGAGGACUAGGCGGAGGUGACAGUGGGGUACUUGAUGGAGGCGGUGAUGGUUGGUUGUAG